CCGACGUUAGUGCGAGUUUUGCCGUCGUCGGUGCUGUUUGUCUCUGGUCCGCUGCCUGUCGCCAGUUCGCCGUGUCUGUCCGAUGUCUGCCUGGGUUCUGGCCCGACACACAAUAGCAACACCGUGAGCGUUUUUCGUUUUUUUUUGUUUUUGCGCGAUCGCCGCGUGAGUGAGGGUGUGAUUCGUUGGUAUUGUGUUAUUUUUCGGGGUGUUUGGAACAAUAGGCUAGUUGUGUGUGCAAUUUUGGGCGAGUGCGUGGGUGGUGAGACACAUAUCACACAGUGUAAAGGCCCCUUGUUACUGCCCCCGAGUGUGUGCGGAGGGAGUGGAAACGAUAGUGAGUGAGUACGUGAGCGAGUGAAGAGUAUUGUUUUCUCACUUUUGAAUUAGGGAGAAGUAGCGAAGGCUCGAAUUUCGGAAGAUUUGCUGAGGAAAAGGAAGGAAUUUGGCUUAGUUCAUCAGCAGUAGGCGCUGAACAAAGUCUGCUAAUCGCAAAAAAGGCGUAUCGCUGGCCGUAAGACACACUGUUCCUGGAAACACCGAAACAAGGGAAUCCUUACACACAAUCAACACUUUAUAACCGAGAUUACAUCGGUUUUUGCGCGACACUGUGUGCGUGUGUUGGUGCUAACGAGCGAAAGCGAGACAGCGAGACACUGUGCGUCCUGCUCCAUCCAGAAGUCGACCUUCGCCGAUCGACGACCACGAUGAGGAGCUGGUCCCGCGUCCAAUGACUGUCGUUGUUGUCUUCCGGACGGUUCCGGGUUGCUGCAAUAAAACAACAACAUCACAAGCUUAGCGCAGUAAUUAGUCGCAACCACUACCAGCAAGUGCGCUGGCCCCGUUAUAGUGUUGUGUGGUGUGGUACGGGUCGCGUUAUCUCGACGACCCCCUCGGCGAUAAACCCGACUCGAUUGUCUGUGUUGGUUGUUGUAGUGAUCAUUGUUUCAGCUUAGAGUGUGUUCGUGUGUGGUUUCCAAUCGUAAAUAUCACGUGUGUGUAUUUUUAUCAGUGUAAGUCGGCGUUGAUCAGCGCAGAUCUUAGUGUCUACAGGUCCUUCGUAUUGGUGUCUAUAGCCGAAGUAGCGCUACUCCAGUGUUCAGCAACAACAACAGCCGUAGAUUAGUAAUCGUGAGAUUCCAAGAAAACGACGGAGUCUACCCCGAGAAGAAGCACGUAACGCGAAGAUAACACGGUGAAUCACGAAGAAGUGAAGUGGUCGAGCGAUCGUGUCCAAGAAGAUCGACCCGAAGAGGCGUCUAUUGUGUAUUGGUGUCCCAAAGUGGUAUCAAAAGUCCGUGUGUGUUAGUGUCUUCAAAAAAUCGCAAAAGCGUGAAAAUUUCACCAAGUUUUUUCUGUGUUUUGGUGCACCGCCCACAACCGUCAGCGCUCAGCUGAGGAGCAGCCACUCAAGCAGAUCAUCUCGGCAGUCGAGCAGUCGAGUCGUCGAGCAGCAGCAACAAUGCGCGAAUUCAAGGUCGUUGUACUGGGCUCCGGCGGGGUGGGCAAGUCGGCCCUCACCGUGCAGUUCGUGUCCGGUUGCUUCAUCGAAAAGUACGACCCCACGAUCGAGGAUUUCUACCGGAAGGAGAUUGAGGUGGACAACUCGCCCUGCGUGCUAGAAAUCCUGGACACUGCCGGAACGGAACAGUUUGCGUCGAUGCGGGAUCUGUACAUUAAGAACGGGCACGGCUUCAUCGUCAUGUACUCGUUAACGAAUCACCAGACAUUUCAGGACAUCUCCAGUAUGCGAAAUGUGAUCAGUCGUGUGAAAGGUAGUCAGCCAGCACCAAUCCUCCUAGUCGCCAACAAACUAGAUUUAGAUUGCCAAAGAGAAGUCUCGACAGCGGAAGGAAGCGCCCUCGCCGAGCUGUGGGACUGCCCGUUCAUCGAAGCCUCCGCCAAGGACCGCAUCAACGUGAACGAGGUGUUCGCCACGGUCGUGCGGGAAAUGAACAUGACCUCCGAGAAGCGCCAGAAGAAGAGCUACUGCUGUUGUACAUUGUUAUAGAAGUGGCACUAGGCGCGUAAUUUUAACUAUUGGUUUACCCCCUAAUUCGUAAAGUAAAGUAAAGAAAGAAAAGAAAAAUGCUAAAAAAAGGUAAAGUAAAUAAAGAAAAACAGCAAGAAAAAAAACCCUAUACAUAUAUUAAUUAUUAAAGGUAAAUUAAAUCGAGAGAGAACGUGCGCGAGAGAGGGCAAAACUGCAAAUCUGUGAGACGAUCAAAAAUUGUGGGUAGGAAUUAAAACGAAAGUGAAGAAGUGAAGAAAAAAAAACUUUUGAAUGAGCGCAGUUUUGUGAAAGCCAGCAAAGGAAAGAAAAAACUCAAAAAAAAUGGAACUUAUAUACAUAUUAAAUGUAAUGAUAAUAAUUAAUGGUAAAUUUAACUUUACACACACACAGACACACCGAAGGGGCUCCCUCAUCAAAUUGGUAGGGUUCUAAACGUGAUUGUGAGAGAAACGAGCGGAGACAAAUUUUUAGAGGUGUACAAUAAAGAAAGCCAGCAAGCAAAAAGUAAGUAAAAGUGUCUGAAGUAAACUCACUCUCUGUCUGUAUGUAAAACACGAAAACGAUUAGUGCGAUAAGUGAGCGAAAGAGCGAGAGAGAAAUAGAAAGAGAGCGAGAUUUGAGAAAGGAAGGGAAACAAACAAACGUGCGCUGUUUAGGGUAUAUUUUAGCAAAGAAAACAAAACAAGAAAACGGAAACCAAUUGGUUUUCCAAUUUAGUCAGAAUCAGUUCGUUUUUGCGCCACCGCCAACCGAUUGGUUCAAAGCUCUUUUUUGUUCGUUUGUUCUUUUCUGUUUCGAUUUUUUCUUAGGUUAAUGCGAAAAAUACGUUGUUUUUUGAAGAAAAAAAAAAUGUGCAUGCAAACAGCGAACGCGAUAACACACACCCACACACACGUACACGUGUCUAGUUGUUAUGUAAGUUUAGAUAAUCUAACUCUUUUAACUCCGUCUCCGCGGCACGUUUCGCAGCGACAGAUUUUAUACCACAAAAACAAGCAAAAAAAUACACAUAAUCAGCCAAAACUAUUUUACGUUCCCCCAAAAAAACUAUUUUUUCCGUUCUGUUUUUUUGUAAAAUAUAUAAAUUUAUCGCUAAACUUAAGCUACCACUAUUCUUUCUCCAAAGCAAGUGAAAAAAAAAACGAUGAGAUUUGAGCAAAAUGAAAAGUAAAACGCGAAAAAAAGGAAACUAACUCAAAUACAUUCGUUGCCGUGAAGAAAAAUUCAACUAAACUAAAAAAGAAAGGGUAGUAAAAUAAUUAAACAAGAAAGAGGAAAACAAAACACUGGGGAAAACGAUAUCUAGUUCUGCUGCAAACAAAGGCAAACAAAAAUCAACCAUUGAUGAUCAUUGAAGUGAGAGUGCGAGAGCGAGCGAGAGUGAACGGAUGCGAGUGAAAGGAGCGAAAUCAUUUCUGUCGGCGAGUUUAGCCGGCAGUGAUUUUGACGGAAAGAAUUCAAAACAGAAUGAAGGAGCAAAACAACAAUGGAAAAUACACACACUCAAACAAACACACACAGCAUACAAUAUAGGUGUACUAAGAAAAAGGCAAAAAGGCAAGAAAAAAAAACAAAACCUAUUUUUAUCAUUACAUUUUUGUAUACACAAGCAAGCGACAGGCAAAACAAAA